AUGAUUGCUGUCCACAACCGCUGGAAACCCGACGAGCUGUGCCUGUAUGACCUCGUCAUCAGCAGGAAAACAGCCCUGCUGAUGCUUGUCUUCGUUGGUCUGUGCACUAUCGUCAUUGUCACCAUCUACUCGUACAUGAUGCUGAUCGCUAGACAACAUAUGAGGCGCAUCCAGCCGCUGAGUGGAGCCGGCGGCCCGCAUGAGGAAGCUGCAGAGAGUCACGCCUUCUAUACCGCUCUCGUCAAUCAUCUGAAGCUGGCGAAGACGUUCGGCAUUGUCGUCGGCGCCUUCAUCGUCUGCUGGACGCCGUUCUUAUUAAUAAUGGCUUUGAACCUCGCUGGCAUCCGGCACGACUUGCUCGAUAUGCUGCUCGGCGUCGACUACUUGCUUGCAUACUGCAAUUCCUUCAUGAGCUUCCUCAUAUAUGCAGGGAGGAGUAGCCAGUUUCACUCGGCGUUCUGGGCAGUGUUGCCCUCGCGCUGA